AUUUUACAGAAUGGGAAUAGUCGGUCAGCAGAAUUUGUUUAAAUUCUUUUAUGGCAAUAGUCCAAGGCAAUGCGAUGUUUUUAUAUUUACGGAAAAGCGAUUGAAGCGUUGUUUAUCACAAGUGAGAAGUAAGUGAAUACUAAAGUACCGGCAACAUUUUGUCUAGGGUAGUACAGUAUUUUUUUUUCUUUUAAUUGCUUGAGAUGUUAAGAAAAUGAAACGUCAAGUUAAAAAGGAGAGCUUAUAGAUUUUAGUUUUUAAAUCUAUAUUUGAAAAAGAAGAAAAAAAGCUGUAAAAUUUGAAAUUAAGAAUUUUCUAAUUUACGUAUGUUGUAACUCUAGUCCUAGUGGGCGUAGUCAGAAGCAGUGCGGCCAAAUAAGGAUUGUUUUCAGAACUCGGCUCUCGAGUAUGUGUUUGCACAAGGAUUAGGACAGACGACUGAUGAAUGAUAUUAUAUCAAUUGCUACUAUUGCUGAUGCACGGGAUUGAAGAGAUGGGCGAUGUUCCGAAGGAGUUAUCUAAAGAAGAGCUGAAGAAACGAUUAACUCCGCUUCAGUACCAUAUUACACAAGAGAAAGGGACUGAGAGACCCUUCACCGGCCAGUUCAACAAGUUCUCGGAGGAGGGCACGUACCUGUGCGUGGUGUGUCGCGCCGAGCUGUUCUCCUCCCGCACCAAGUUCGAGUCGGGCUGCGGCUGGCCGGCCUUCAACGACGUCGUGGACCAAGGGAAAGUCAAGCUGACCAAGGACACGUCCCACGGCAUGGUGCGCACGGAGGUGACGUGUCGGGGGUGCGGGGCCCACCUGGGACACGUGUUCGACGACGGCCCGCGGCCCUCCGGCCGCCGCUUCUGCAUCAACAGCGCCUCGCUGGAGUUCCGGCCGGCCGCCUCCUGAGACCGCGCGUCCUCGCGUCGCAGUCAUGCCUUUCGCUUUCUUGAUUCCCAGAUGUAAAUAUUUUUACAAACUUUCCAAAAUAUUUUUGUAAAUUUAAUUUCCUCGCUACAUCAGGCUUGGUAUUUUCAAGCUACACAUCGCUGUGAUGUUUUAUUAAAUGCUACUGCUUUGUGCAUUAUUUUAAAUUAUUUGUACUAGUUUAAUUUGUAACUUAGAUUUGACACAUUAGUAAUAUUUAUUUUUGGGCAUUUUCAUGUUAAUAUAUUAAUAUUAAUUUAAUUUUAAUAUGUAGUUUACACAAUGAAGCAUUUGACGUGAUUGUGUUGGUACUCCUGAACAAAGACUUGCAAUUGUGCACUGAAAUUUAAUUAUACAUAUCUUAUGCUUUUUUUUUUUUCUAAUUAAAAAUGUUUGAUUUCC